AUGCCCACUGACGAAGAUGACGUCACAGUGCCCGGACAGGGUUCGUUGCUCUGCCAAUGCCCCAAACAACUAAUUUGCAUAUACCGAAAAAGAUGAAUUACAGCGGAAUGGAGUGACGGUUCCGGAUGCCGUAAAUAUUAUUUUGAUCAGUAUCGCCCUCACUACAAGCCUGUAUAACAGAAUGUUCCUUGUAUUCAAUGCACAGAGUUGAGCAAAUACAAGACGAUCAAAGGAUUGCCCGACAGAUAAACUCUGAAUAGAUGUUAUGACUAUUAAAUAGCUACUAAUAGAAAGUCUUAAGAUGGCUAACUCUCAGGUGAAAUGUUUGGAAGACGACCAAGAAUUUGUGGACAUUUCGGAAGCAAGUCCGCAAUUUUAUUAUUCAGAAAUACAACGAAAUGCCUUGGAAACGCUUUUAUCUUCUGGAGAAGCAGCUUUCUACAAUUGUCUUAAAAAUGAUGGCGCUCGAGAGUUUCUAUCUCGGGAAGAAGUGAAUUCUUUAAAAAGCUCUGCAGUGGAUUCUCAGUUAGGAAAACUAGAAUAUGAGGAAGAUUCAGAGCUGGAUGAAGAUACAAGUUUAAGUUACUGGCCAGGAAGAUCAGAUGUACCAACACCUAUGCUGGACCUUGGAUGGCCAGAGGGAGACACAUGGAAAGGAAUUACAAGAGCAGAAGUUUACACACAUCCUCCUACUAAUAAUGCUCCUCAUAUUAAAGUCGUUGUUCGAAGAACAAUACAAAAUGCAACAAAGGUCAUUGCUGUUGUGAUGGAUAUAUUCACAGAUCCAGAUAUUUUCUUGGACAUGUAUGAAGCAGCUACAAGACGCAUGGUUCCUGUAUACAUUAUCUUAAGUUUACAUCAUCUGGCUUCUUUUCUUCAUAUGGUGGAAACAACCAGAAUUAAUGUUAGAUUCACAGAGAAUAUCCGUAUAAGGGUCAUUUCUGGAUGCAUGUUUAGUACUCGACAUUUGAAGCAAGUAACAGGAGUGCUGAAAGAGAAGUUUCUGUUGGUUGAUUGUAGUACUGUAAUAACUGGAACCUAUAGUUUCACAUGGAGUGACUCAAGACUAGACAGGAACUUGAUCACACUUCUAACGGGAGAAAUAACCGAUUCAUUUGAUAAUGAGUUCCGUACACUGUUUGCAGCCUCUCGACCACUUCAGAGAUAUGAUUUCAACAAAGAAGCCCUUAACAGUGUAAUACUACCCUCAUCUACAAUAGAUGUGCCUAAAACUGAUGAAAACAUAAAUUCUACUGCACAGGUUGUGCCAGUUGUGCCAGAACCCUAUAUCAAUGGAUUUUCCUCACCUCAAAGGUUUACCACCAAUGGAGCUUUGCAGCCGACAGAUGUAAUUUCAUCUCCUUUCCUGACCCCACUGGGUGGAUUACAGUUGUCAAAAAGUAUUAAUAAAAUAGCAGAGCGGCGGACUGUUGUACCAGCAAUCGUUAAGAAUAAUGGAAUGGAUGCUGGAUUUAACAGGACUUCAGGUGCGCCUCAAGAUUUUACAGCUAAAGAAGCAGUAAAUGUGCCCGAUUACUCCAUUCGCCACCGCCUUGCUGCCUGUCGCAAUUUUGAGGGACCUACCAUGAACCUUCGGAGUGCUCAGGAGUCCCACAGUGCUUUGAGUGAUAUUUUAAAGAAUGUUCAACGAAAUAGGCUGUCUGUGGCUAAGACCACAGGGGGAAGGCCGAGCAAGUCUCUGUGGGAUCUUAGUCAGCUGUCUCAAUUGUCAGGCUGCAGUGGUGAACCUGGCGGAAGACAAAACCCCUUAGAACUUGGGGAGGACUCAAAGAACAAAUCAAGAUGGUCUAUAAAGGAUACCCCGGCAAUGCUACUGAUGAGACAAAGAGCUUUUCCUGAAGACAACAGGCCUCGAGAGCCCAACCUUAUGUCACAUCAGUCACCAAAUAAUAUGACACCAGUAAGACUACAAGGACAGUUAGUGCAUGGAGUGUCUACAACCUCUUUGCCAAGACCAUGGACUAAUACCUCAAGACAACUCGGAAGACUAACAUACUAUUGAUCAUCUGUAGACUCUGAUAAAGAUUUUAUUCCAUUCCAAUUUUACUGAUCACAAAGAAGAUACAACCUUAUUUUU